AUGGCAAGUCCUGGCCCUGUGACUCCGAAGGCACCCUUUGAACCAUCGCAGCCCCCUGUCAUUGAGGGCUUUAGCCCUAGUGUCUACAGCAAUACAGAAAGCUUCAAGGAAAAGUUCCUUCGCAAGACCCGAGAGAACCCAGUGGUACCCAUAGGUUGCCUGGGCACGGCAGCCGCCCUCACCUACGGUCUCUACUGCUUCCACCUGGGCCACAGCCAGCGCUCGCAGCUCAUGAUGCGCACUCGGAUCGCCGCCCAGGGCUUCACGGUCACGGCCAUCUUGCUGGGUCUAGCUGCAUCCGCUAUGAAGUCUCGAUCCUGAGCCUUCGGCCUGCCCUUGAAAGCUUCUCAGAUUAUUCCAAGACCCAGGAGCAGCCACCAGCCCUGCCAUGAAACAUAGUCCCUCCUCUCCUCCGAAAGGCGGCUAUGUCAAUGGAGGAGGAACUGGCUGGUUGGGUAACCAAAAUCAACAGAUUUUUUCAGAAAUCCCAGAUUUUGUUCAGUUUGGAUGCUGCAUACUUCUAUUUAUGCCACAGCUCCUCCACUCCCUACUUAAUAAACUAAUCCACGUGUAGGUUGGUGAAUUCA